AUGCAUGAGUGUUUUAGCAAAUCAUGCGAUUUCAACUUAUACAUGGUGCAGACAGGGACAGCUGCCCUUGUUGAUGUCAGGGUUAGGCAAAUUGAGGUUCAUGCAUUUGGUUGGAAGCAAGAGAGCAGCGAGUCCCAGUCAACUCUGAUUAACCAGUCAUGGUCUCUAGAUGGCUGGUACAUGUCAUCUGGUUCAGCAGAUCCUAUGAUCCACAUCUUCGAAACACAGCAGGUCCUUGCAACAGAUGGCUUGAAUGCUUAUUUGAACAACAGAACAAGUAUGUACCGCAUUGAGCUGGACCCUCAACUUAAGCUCUUGUUGGAAGGCAAAUUUCCAUGCUUUGAGAUGUUGGAUCCUUCCAUGUAUAUCAUAUGCAGGCAUAUAGUAGAAAACCUGGACGAAGUUCAUCAAUGCUGA